AUGGCUCCAAAACAAAUAGAUUGUUUUGAAAUUAAUUGGAAGUUUUGGAAAUUCUUAGGUAUUUGGUCCGAAAAUAAGCCGCAUCGAUAUUACAAAUACUACUCCAAAAUUUUUAUAACAUUCUUCGUAAUACUUUACGAUGUUCUAUAUACGAUAAAUUUUUAUUUUGUGCCCAGACAACUGGAUCUAAUUAUCGGGGAAAUGUUAUUUUACUUAACAGAAUUGUCUGUAUUGUCUAAAGUAUUCACGUUUAUAAUUAUGAGGCACAAACUUAAAAUCAUUUUUGAAAUAUUAGAAAGUGACGCAUUUCAGACGGAUACAGAGGAAGAAUUAAAAAUAUUGCACAGGGCAAAAGUUUUCAUUAAAAGAUAUUGGAAGAUUGUGGCUUUGGUUUCUAUAACAGCGAAUCUAACACAUAUCUCCUCACCUUUGCUUAAGAACUUGAUCUUUAAAGUUGAACUGGUUUUACCCGUUUGUAGCUACUCGUUUCUGUCAGAGUCAUUUUUAAAAACUUUCGAGUACCCGUUAUAUUUUUACCAAAUCGUCGGGAUACAUUUUCAUAUGUUGUAUAAUUUGAAUAUUGAUACAUAUUUUUUGGGUCUAAUGAUUUUGAUCAUAGCACAACUAGAUAUUCUUAACGUCAAAUUCCGUAAUCUAAAAAGCGGAAAAGACCACACUCAACUAAAUGAAUCAAUUAUGGGUCUUAAUAAAAAUUUAGAUCACUAUAAUGAAAUUGAAAGAUUUUGCAGUCUUGUCCAAAAUAUUUUCAGUUUCACACUGUUUGUACAGUUUAGUAUGGCUUCGUGCAUUAUCUGUGUUUGUUUAUUUAGUUUUACACUGUCAGUCCCGGUUGAGUACUAUAUUUUUUUAGCAACCUACAUGUUCAUUAUGAUAAUACAAAUAAUGGUCCCAUGCUGGUUUGGUAGUCGGAUAAUGGACAAGAGUAUUUUGCUAUCAUCGGCAAUUUAUAACUGUGAUUGGACAUCCAAUUCUAAAGAUUUUAAAAUAAACAUGCGUCUUUUCGUUGAAAGAGCCAAUAAGCCACUGUCGAUUACAGGUGGAAAGAUGUUCUCACUUUCACUGGCCACUUUUACAUCUAUUAUGAAUUCUGCGUAUUCUUUCUUUACGCUUCUUCGGUACAUACAAACACGUGAAUAA